UUAUGGUUGCGUCUUCUCCGUGCGCCGAGCGUGUUGCGUCUUCGGUCGUGAUUGGCCGGCUUGGCUGAGGGCUCCACAGCGCCGCGCCGCUCCGGGAUCCUCUGGCGCAGAGAGAAAGCGCAGCUUGGCCGCCAGCGAGCACCGAGCCGGGCUGGGAGGGCAGAUGAUGUGAUGUGAUCCAAUACGGGCGGCCGGCUGCAGCUACGGGCGGACUGGCACUUAAAAGCGGCUGUCGACCUCGGCCCUGCUCACUACUGCGUGUCUGUGUGUUUGUGUGUGUCGUCGUGGGAGUGGAGGCGCAGAAGCCCGGAGGCUGACCGAAGCGCUCUAUCCCGGCAGUGUAUUUCCAGUCAGCCAUGAUGUCAGUACAAACUCCUCCUCUUUCCCGCUCUGGCUCCUCCCCUUCUAAUGUGGGUCUGGCAAAUCGCAGCGGCCCCUCCACUGCCCCUCCCACCUCCCUCAGCCUUCGCACAUCAUACAACCAGCUGCUUGGUCGAGACGUCAUCAAGGAGUCCAUGGAAACCGGAAGUUCGGCCACCUUGCCAAAGAGCCGUCAGAGGUAUGCGAUGACCAGCGUGCGGAGCGCCAUGGGAAUCAGUGACAACUUGGCUUUGUCCUCUAAAAACCAACCUGUAACUAGAGGGAGGGGCCUCCCCACCAAGUCCUCCUCCAGUUCCGCCCUCUACUCCUCUUCAUCCUCCGCCUCGCUGUUUAAUACAACCAACCCCAAACUGGCCAAGAAUGGGGCCAACAUGCAGAGAAGAGCUGAGAGUCAGCAGCUGGAGCUGAGCAGGGCCAAUACAGAGGGCAAAAUUCACAAUGAUCUCAUCAAUAACCCCACUUCUGACUGGCUGGAAUUUGGAAAAGACAACUCACAGCUACCGCCGUUCCGCAGACGGACCAAGAGCUUCUUGGAGUACCAUGGGAAAGGCUGGGACCUGGAUCUCAACUGGGGAAACAAAGAGGAAAAGGAGGAAAAGAAGCAGCAGCCUUCCCCAGAGAAGGAGCAGGCCAGCCCUGUUAAGGAGAGGGAGAGUCAGAAGGAGGAGAAGUCCAGCAGCAAGCACAGCUGCCAGGAAGAGAAGGAAGAGGUGGCACCAGUGGUGGAGGAGGAGGAAGAGGAAGAUGAUCCCACACCUACACCAAGGCAGCCCCUGCUACCAGUGGUGGUGGAAGCCCCGCUUUCACCCACGUCCUCGUCCUCCAACAGCCCAGAGUGGGUCCCAGACAACCAAAACCAUCUCCAGAGCCAGGCUCCAGCUCAGGUCAGGGAGGAGCUCUGUGCCCCGGUUCAGGCUAGUCCACGCAGUCCUGCAAAGCCCCCACGGAGCUCCCAGCCCCGAGUGAUCAAGGUGGAGCUGCACCCCAACAAUGAGAACCAGUUCCUGCAACAGUAUCCGCCUUCGUCCCCUAAACAGACUCGGGCUGCAGAGAAGAGCACCCCCACCAGGAACCGGGCCCCCUCUACCCUGCCAGAUCCUGAACCAGAGACUGGACUCCCUAAAGUGGGUUUAAGAAUGGAUCUGACUCCUGAUACUCCAUCAGAGGAUGAAGACUCCAGCUGGACCACCCUGUCCCAAGAGACACCCUCUCCUCAGACUCCACGGGAGACAGCAGCAGAUGUAUGGGGUGAGGGGGACCUGCCCCCUGGCUGGCGGGAAAUCUCAGACUCAUCAGAGAUCUAUUUCUGGCACAUCCCCACUGGCACCACACAGUACCACCGACCUGUUGCCUCCAGCAACCAGCACACCUCUCCUAACAAUGAGCCAGACGCUGAGCACGACUCAAAACAGGAAACACAGGACUCCCUCAAGCCACCCAAUGAGCGCCCCAGCAGUCUGAUAUCUGACAGCUCGGUGGAGCCGGUCCCCUCACCCUCUGGCUCCUCCCACUCCCCCUCCCCCUCCCCCUCCUCAUCCUCCUCUUCCACCCCCUACAAUGAUGUCACCUCUUCUGGACCAAAUCUCAACACCACCACCUGCACAGCCAACGAGCUGAAGGACUAUCCAGUGUAUCCAGAUCCCAGUCUGAAGGCGUUUGAAGGGGCUACCCUGCGCUAUGCUUCACUUAAACUUAACGCCCCUGCCCAGCUGGAGACAGUGGACCUCAACAACACCUUCUCUGAUCCAGAGGCAAUGUCAUUUCCAGUGCGAUCUCUGGGCUGGGUGGAGAUGGCAGAGCAGGACCUGUGUGAGGGGAGGAGCAGCGUGGCCGUCCACCACUGUAUCAGACAGCUGUCCUACUGCAGGAGGGACAUACGGGACUCAGCUGGUGUGUGGGGAGAGGGUAAAGGGAUGCUGCUGGUGCUCCAAGACCGCAUGUUGACCCUGGUUGACCCAGAUGAUCGCAGCCUGCUCCACUCUCAGCCAAUCAGUAGCAUCCGUGUUUGGGGCGUUGGACGAGACCACGACAGGGACUUUGCCUACGUGGCGAGAGACAAAAACACGCGGGUGCUGAAGUGCCACGUGUUCCGAUGUGAUACUCCUGCCGCAGCCAUAGCCACAAGUCUCCACGAAAUCUGCUCCAAGAUUAUGGCUGAAAGGAAAAGUGCCAAGGCUGCAGCUGGCAGCUCCUCCCAGACCGGCUCCGAUGUACCCCUACAAGAGUUUCCCAUGCCAAAGACGGAGCUGGUGCAGAAGUUUCAUGUGCUGUAUCUGGGUAUGACGUCUGUGUCUCGCCCCAUAGGUAUGGACAUCAUAAAUGGGGCCAUAGAGAGCCUCCUGUCCUCCACAGGCAAAGAGGACUGGACUCCUGUCAUACUGAGUAUUGCUGACACCACUUUGGCUGUCAUCAAAGAAAAGGAAGAGGAAGAGGAGGUGUUGGUGGAGUGUCGAGUGCGUUUCUUGUCCUUCAUGGGCGUGGGUCGAGACAUACACUCUUUUGCCUUCAUUAUGGACACUGGGAACCAGCAUUUCCAGUGUCAUGUGUUCUGGUGCGACCCCAACGCAGGCAGUGUGUCCGAGGCUGUGCAGGCAGCAUGUGUGCUACGGUAUCAGAAGUGUCUGGUGGCACGGCCGCCCUCCCAGCGCGCUGGCUCCUCAACCUCGCCCUCCGCGGACUCUGUGACCCGCCGGGUGACCACCAGCGUGAAGCGUGGCGUGCAGUCUCUCAUAGACACUCUGAAACCCAAGAAACAGCCGUCGGAACUCCCCCAGCAAUGACCGUCACCAGUGACCACCGCACCCCCUCUCCUAACCGCAACCGGACGCCACUCACACACUAUCGCCACGACAACACCUAAUCAGUACCAGCCAUGGUAACCAAUGAUGUACAUACAUGUUAACAAACACCACCGCAGAUGAAGGAAAGAACAAUUCUCCAGUACACCUGAUGAUUUAAAAAAAAAGAAAAGAAAGGGUCAUCUGUUUCAUGAGGAGGAAAAGAAAAGCUGGUGUCACUGGUUGAACUUUGACCUUUGAACGCUGCCGUGUCUAAGUGCUUCACUGGCCCUCACUGUAUGCGGAUCUCUGGGCUCAAUGGAUAA